UCGUUGUGUGCAGUGGUGUGCUGUGUCGCAAUGGCAACUAGUUCACGUUCCUUUCCUUAUUGAUUCAUUAAUUUUUAUAAUUAUCAUUUUUAAACAGUGUUAAGUUUUUUAUUCUAAUGAUGUGGCCUUUGAUUGUUCAGGCUGCAGGUUGAAGGAGUAGCGGCCCGGGGUUUGUGUACGGAAGUGGUCAGCAGGUUGUAAGGUCAGAGGGUAAAUGCUAUUGCCUCUUUCGGUUUACAAUACACUCAGCCAUCUUGGAUGCAAAGAAGAGAGGGGAGUUUGAUGCGGUGACAAAAGGCAUGUUUGGUGCUACGAGAAAGAAAUUUGGAGAGUUUGUGGAGGUGGUCGAUAACGACUUUUCUGAUGAAAACAUGUAUUACAAUCAACCGUCGAUGUUUCCACAUCGGUCGGACAAAGAUAUGCUCUCGUCUCCCUCGCCAUCGUCGUCUGGUCAGCUGUCGCAAUUUGGUGCAAGUUUGUACGGUCCACAAAGUACACUGGGCUUCUCCGUCAGGGGCAUGGGCAACAAUACGCCUCAGUUAAACCGUAAUCUAACACAGGGCAGUCAGCUACCAAGUCAUAUCACUCCCACAACAGGAGUCCCCACCAUGUCCCUCCACACUCCUCCGUCACCAAGCAGGGGGACAUUGCCAAUGAACUCUAGGAACAUGCUAAAUCACUCUCAGGUAGGUCAAAGCAUUGGGAUCAGCAGUAGGACCAAUAGUAUGAGCAGCUCGGGGUUGGGCAGCCCCAACUGCAGCUCUCCCAGUAUCAUCUGUAUGCCCAAACAGCAGCCAGCACGUCAACCAUUCACCAUAAACAGCAUGUCAGGAUUUGGUAUGAACCGCAAUCAGGUUUUUGGAAUAAACAACUCCUUAUCAAGCAACAUCUUCAAUGGCACAGAUGGGAGUGAAAAUGUGACGGCACUGGAUUUGUCAGACUUUCCUGCGUUAGCUGACAGGAGUCGGAGAGAAGGGCCUGGAAACCCAACACCGGUGAUCAACCCGCUGGCUGGAAGAGCUCCUUAUGUUGGCAUGGUAACAAAGCCAUCGACUGAACAGACACAGGAUUUCUCAAUACAUAAUGAGGACUUUCCUGCACUGCCUGGUCCAAACUAUAAGGACCCCACGUUGAACAAUGAUGACAACAAAACUAACUUGAACUCUACAAGCAAGAGCACAUCGAAUGCAGACGGACCCAAGUUCCCCGGAGACAAGACGGCUACCACACAGAACAACAACCAGAAAAAAGGGAUCCAGGUGUUACCCGAUGGUCGGGUGACAAACAUUCCCUCAGGAAUGGUGACAGACCAGUUCGGCAUGAUUGGUCUGCUGACGUUUAUCCGAGCAGCAGAGACUGAUCCAGGGAUGGUCCAUCUGGCACUUGGCAGCGACCUCACAACACUGGGACUUAACUUGAAUUCACCAGAAAACUUGUACCCAAAGUUUGCCUCUCCUUGGGCUUCAUCACCUUGUCGACCACAGGACAUCGACUUCCAUGUUCCUUCAGAGUACCUAACCAAUAUCCACAUAAGGGACAAGUUGGCUGCCAUCAAACUGGCUCGAUAUGGUGAAGACUUGUUGUUCUAUCUCUACUACAUGAGUGGUGGUGACCUACUACAGCUUCUGGCAGCAGUGGAGCUCUUUAACCGUGACUGGAGGUACCACAAAGAGGAGCGGGUUUGGAUAACCAGAGCGCCCGGCAUGGAGCCCACACUGAAGACCAACGCUUAUGAGAGAGGCACCUACUACUUUUUUGACUGUCUUAACUGGAGGAAAGUAGCAAAGGAAUUCCAUCUGGAGUAUGACAAGCUGGAAGAGAGGCCCCAUGUGCCAACAACAUUCAAUUACAACCCAGCCCAGCAGGCCUUCUAAGGCCCGACCAGUCCAAAGGCCCCCCCAGCUGCUCUUGCGCACACUGAUGAUGUCUGGGAGGGGGGGUAUGCUGUGGUACACACAGCUCAGUUUUUAUUCCUCAAGGAUUUGGCUAUUUGACUGAGGAGGUCAUCGCCAUCAUCCAUACUGCCCUGCCUUUCCAAAAAUUACAUGCUGCCCCCAAAAAAACAAAAAAAAACAACCAACCAACACUUGUUCUGUUUUUAUUCUUUCUCUUUUUUUUUUUCAAUAGUUUUUGUCUUGUUUUGAGCAGGGUCUGUGUUAUGUUUACGUCUCAGAAUCUAAAGCAGGUUUUUCUCCCAGAAAGAAGGAUUGACCUUGUGGCACAUGGCAGUGACAGAACAAGGAUAAUGCCUUAUGUUACAAACGGGAAAAAAGCAGGGGAAGUGAAGUUGACGUUGUUGGAAACAAGUAAAAGGGUGAAGAAACGCAGUGUUUAAUGUUGCACUAUAUUUAGUAAUAAAAGAACACAAACUUUC